AUGUCAGAUAAAACUCCCGAACCAAGUUCGCAAGGCUCUGGACAACUCAUCAAAAAACAGAAAUUGGAUCAAACAAAUGCAUUGACUAUUACAAGUGCUGGUUCAGGAUCUAAUGGCGCUUUAAUACAAACGAUUAAACGUACGUCCGGUCUUCAAGCACCGAUAAUGCUGUUAUCCGGACAUCAGGGAGAAAUAUACACUGUAAGAUUUAGCCCUUCGGGACAACACAUAGCAUCUGGUUCAUUUGAUAGAACGAUAUUAUUGUGGAACACAUACGGUGAUUGUAUUAAUUAUGGAGUAUUAAAAGGUCAUAAUGGAGCCAUUAUGGAACUUCAAUGGUCACGAGAUUCUAGCAAGAUUUUUUCAUGCGCUACGGAUAAAACUGUUGGCGUAUGGGACGUAACAACUGGCACAAGGAUAAAAAAGUUUAAAGGUCACACAUCAUUUGUCAAUAGUGUAUCUGCUGCUCGUAGAGGAAAUGAAAUUCUAGUUAGCGGUAGUGAUGAUGGUACCAUAAGGAUAUGGGAUCUCCGACAAAAACAUGCCGUUGACACUUUUACUCACCAGUAUCAAAUAACAGCUACAUGUUUUAGUGAAGCUGGAGAUUUGGUGUUUGCGGGUUGUUUGGAUAAUGAUAUUAUUGCUUGGGAUUUAAGGAAAAAGGCUCAUGCUUAUGUUCUCAAAGGACAUCAAGAUAUUAUAUCCGGUAUAAAAUUGAGCCCUGAUGGAUCUUAUCUUUUAUCCAAUGCGAUGGAUAACACGGUUCGAGCCUGGGAUGUUAAGCCUUUUGCCCCAACCGAUCGCCUUCUUAAAAUCUUUGAAGGUGCACCUCAUAGUUUUGAGAAAAAUUUAAUCAAACCCGCUUGGUCAUCAGAUGGCUUACAAAUAGCCUCAGGAAGCGGUGAUCGAACGGUUGUAAUAUGGGAUUUCUCGAGUCGCCGGAUUUUAUAUAAAUUACCUGGUCAUAAAGGUUGCGUCAACGAAGUGGAUUUCCACCCUAAUGAGCCUAUUAUUGUUUCUGGAAGUACCGAUCGACAAAUUUUCCUAGGUGAAAUUAAUCCAAGUAAUUUAUAA